UUACCAUGAAAACAGAACCAUCUGGUUGUGGCGAUUACUAAAAAUGUUGCUGAAAAAGCAAUUACUGAAUUUCGACUAAUUUGGCAGAGACACACAGAUUGGUAGAGAGAGAAAGAGAGAGCGAGAGAGAGAGAGACAGCUUGUUGCAGUUAAAGAAGACCUCCAUAGCUGAAGUUGAAGCCCCAUCGCUAACUCUUCAUAUUCCUAAACAAUGGGGAGUAAAUCGAAGCUCCAUCGCCGGCCGCGGCACCACGACCGGCCGGGGCUCCAUGACCAGGAGCAUAGGAAGGUUGGACCAGCAACAGGAGGAGUGAAGGGAUUGAUAGGGUGCUUGUCCAUCGCUGCUGUUGUCCUUUUGAGCUGCACGGCUACUUUGCUUCUUACGUCCACCAGCAAUGGCGGUGCUCGAUCUGCCGACCGUACCCUGCUCAAUAUAGAAGAAUUUUGGAAUAGUGCUGAUUCUGGUGGUUGGAUACCAUUAUCAGCUCCACGCUCUGAAUGGCCUGCUCCACCUAGUGAGACUAGUGGUUAUCUUCAAGUACGCUGUAAUGGUGGUUUCAGUCAACAACGCAUUGCAAUAUGUAAUGCGGUUUUAGCUGCACGAAUCAUGAAUGCCACCCUUGUGCUGCCAGAGUUGGAUGCAAACUCCUUUUGGCAUGAUAAUAGUGGUUUCCACGGUAUCUAUGAUGUUGAGCACUUUAUCAAAGUGCUGAGGUAUGAUGUACAUAUUGUGGAAAGCCUACCAGAAUUUCGCAAAAAUGGAAUGACUAAAAAGAUAAAAGCUUUGCAGAUUAAUCCCCCUAGAGAUGCUCCUGUUAGUUGGUAUACUACUGUUGCUCUAGAGAAAAUGAUACAGCAUGGUGCUAUCUACCUCACUCCCUUUUCACAUCAUUUGUCAGAAGAAGUUGACAACCCUGAGUACCAAAGGCUAAGGUGCAGGGUUAAUUAUCAUGCUUUAAGAUUUAAGCCAGAGAUUAUGAGUUUAAGUCAAUCAAUAGUUGAUAAGCUCCGUACACAAGGCCGCUUCAUGUCUAUACAUCUUCGGUUUGAGAUUGAUAUGCUGGCGUUUGCUGGGUGCUUCGACAUUUUCACCCCUGCACAGCAAAAGAUAUUAAAGAAAUAUCAAGAAGAAAAUUUUGAACCAAAAAAGCUAGUUUAUAAUGACAGGCGGGCCAUUGGGAAAUGUCCCUUAACUCCUGAAGAGGUUGGCCUUCUUUUACGUGCAAUGGGGUUUGACAGUUCUGCCAGGAUAUACCUAGCAGCUGGUGAAUUAUUUGGUGGUGAGAAAUUCAUGAGACCAUUUCGAUCUCUGUUCCCAUACGUUGAGAACCAUAGCUCUGUGGAUCCCUUUGAAGACCUUGCAGGAAACAUCAGAGGAUUGUUAGGACCCGCUGUGGAUUACAUGGUCUGUCUGCUCUCUGAUAUUUUUAUGCCUACUUAUGAUGGCCCCAGCAACUUUGCCAAUAAUCUUCUUGGACACCGCUUGUACCACGGCUUCCUUACUACACUGAGACCUGACAGAAAGGGUCUUGCUCCAAUCUUCAUUGAUCGGGAAAAAGGAAAGACGGCGGGUUUUGAAGAAGCUGUUAGGCAAGUCAUGCGCAAAGCAGACUUUGGUGGACCUCACAGACGGAUCUCACCUGAGUCAUUCUAUACAAAUUCUUGGCCGGAGUGUUUCUGUCAACUGUCACCACAGAAUCCUGCUGAUAAAUGUCCAGUUAAUGUCUUAGAGAUUUUGACUGGUGAUCUAGAUUCCUCAGACCCAUCAGAACAGGAUCUGUAACAGAAAUAUGAGAAAUUUGGCCUCAGAAUUAGGGUUAUUGUUUUUACCAACAUACUAGUGAACCAUUAUAUGUCAGACUGAUCAGACACAUACUAUGUUCCACAUUGCUCUCUCUCUGUCUCUCUAUUGGAAUCCUGGCUUCUUUC